AAUAUAAAAGCUACCGCUGGCGGCGCAGGGAGGACGAGCUCACACAGGGACUCCAUCCAGCAGCACCGCCGCCGCGCCGAAUUUCGGGAGAAAUCACACUUUUAAAGGGUCGUCAUGUCUGAUGCAGAGCAGCAGUUUAUGGAAACGUCGGAGAACGGACACGAAGGCGAUGACUUCAACGGAGCGGAGGGCUACGACGAGGCCAGCGCCGGCGCGGACAAAGACGGAGCCGGCGAUCAAAAUGGAGCCGGAGAGGGAGGCCAGAUAGAAGCGAGUAAAGGCGAGGAAGAUGCCGGGAAAAUGUUUGUUGGGGGCCUCAGCUGGGAUACUAGUAAAAAGGAUCUCAAAGAUUACUUCUCUAAAUUUGGUGAGGUGACAGACUGCACCAUUAAAAUGGAUCCAAACACUGGACGUUCAAGAGGAUUUGGGUUCAUUCUGUUCAAAGAUUCAGCAAGUGUAGAGAAAGUGCUGGCACAGAAAGAGCACAGGCUCGAUGGGCGACAGAUCGACCCAAAGAAAGCCAUGGCCAUGAAGAAGGAACCUGUGAAGAAAAUCUUUGUUGGUGGUCUGAACCCUGAGACAACAGAGGAGAGGAUUCGCGAGUAUUUUGGUGCCUUUGGAGAGAUUGAAACUAUUGAGCUUCCAAUGGAUCCAAAGACCAACAAAAGAAGAGGGUUUGUCUUCAUCAGUUUUAAGGAGGAAGAACCAGUCAAGAAGAUCCUUGAGAAGAAGUACCAUAACGUCAGUGGAACCAAGGACUCUAAUGGAAAAGAAGGCCUUUGCGAGAUCAAGAUUGCCCAGCCUAAGGAAGUGUAUCAGCAGCAGCAGUACGGUGGUCGCUUUGGAGGCAGAGGCAGGGGACGUGGUGGAAACAACUGGAACCAAGGAAACAACUACUGGAAUCAGGGCUAUGGAAACCAAGGCUAUGGCUAUGGUGGUCAACAGGGCUAUGGUGGAUAUGGCGGCUAUGGAAACUAUGACUACUCAGCAGGCUAUUAUGGCUAUGGGGGUGGCUAUGACUACAAUUUCCCCUCUGUGCUCUUCUCUUCACAUCAGACCAGGGCAACACGAAUUACGGGAAAACUCCAAGACGCGGCGGCCACCAGGGCUACAAACCAUACUGAUCAUGUGCAGGUCUCAAGACUUCAGAACAGCAACCAGUGAACUGGUCCCAGUGAACACGGGUUCAGUCUUUUACUUUUGGAUGUUUGGCAGAAUCUGGCCUUCUGCUCCAUUUUGUACAGACAACAACAUAAGGAACUGGGGGAAGCAAAUGUCACUUUUCACGUUUUGUUUUAUACCUUUUUCGUUUUGUCCAUUUUUACAUUUCCAGAGACGGAAGUGUUAUUUUUUUACUGUACUUUUUGGUACCUUUUUGAAUCUAAUGUAUUGUAUGGUUGUAUUUUACAUCUUGGCUGUAUUUACCACACCUGGCUGCAGAGCUCUCAGACCUUUUUUCAUAAUAAAUGAUUUUGUUUAAUUUUU